AUGCUCGUUAAGUACACUAAGAAGAUACUAAGUCAACCAUCGACUUUAACGCCCGAAGACCUGCACGAUGCAGUCAUUCUGCUGAUCGAUCAGUUGCGCAAUAAGGAUAUUUCCAAUGACCAGUAUAUAAGGAUUGGUAGUUUCCUGUCCUGUCUGCGAACAUCCGGUUUAGACCACAGGGCCGAGUACAUUGCCGCCGCUGCAAGGGCUGUUUUGAAUUUCUCCGAUCUGGUCGACGUACCGCACUUCAAGGCGAGUAAAGAUACAGUAGUGCUGGAUAUCGUCGGCACGUGGUGGGGACGGCCAGAACACUUUCAACGUCUCCACUUCUGCUGCCAUUGUGGCCUCUGGGAUCCCACAUAUCAAGAUUUGCAAGCAGUGGGGGGAAGGCCUCGACCUCGAACAGGCGGGGCCGGCGACUUGAUCUCCAAGUUGGGAUGCGACGUGUCGAAGGUGAACGCCUCAACAGUACCGGAGUUAUGGGAGGACAACUCAUUUAUGUUCCUCCUGGCACCAUACUUUCAUGACGGGAUGGGUCGUGUCGCGAAGAUACGGAAAGAUUUGGGGAUUCCAACGAUAUUCAACGUGUUGGGACCGUUGCUUCACCCUGUGGACUACGUAAAUAAGCGAGUCCUUGGUGUUUACUCGAAGGACUUGGCUCUUGAGUACGCGAAGGCUGCCUCCAUCGUGUAUCCACGGAGUGAAACAUUCGUUGUCUGGGGUCACGUAGGAUUGGACGAAGUUUCUCCGAUAGGGAAGACCACAGUUUGGCACGUGGACCCGGCCAAUUCGACAGACGGACACAUAGACACGUUCGAGAUAGAGCCGGCAAUGUUUGGCUUGCAAGAACAUGCCAUAGCAGAGUGUCCCUCACUGGGACCUGAAGCGAACGCACAACUUUUGAAGGACGAGAUCCUCACCGGUAAAAUCAAGUACGGCGAUAAUCACCCGAUUUACGACUACAUACUGCUGAACACAGCAGUACUGUACUGUCUAACUGAGGGCCAUAAGGACUGGAAGCAAGGUAUACACGCAGCGGAACAGAGUAUACAGUCUGGGGAGGCGCUGAAGGCGCUUCUGAAAUUUGUCACCGAUGUGAAGAGGUUAGGUACCUCGGACGGCGAGUUCGAAAUCCCACUGAAAAAAAUCAACUAA